CUCCAUUAACCUGUUUACUCCAGGUUGUGUCUCUUCUUGUUUGUAGACAGAUUCAAGUUGCUGUUUUCAUUGCUUGUAGUGAGCGUUGCCAUGGUGACGGCAGUGUCAGCGCAGUGUGAAGUGGGAGAGGAGCUUGUGGCGCUCAGCAUGCUGUAGAGCUGGAGACUGGUUUUAACACAAAGACGUGACUGGGUGGAGUCACGGAUGAUGUAAUGCGUUGAAUCCGAGGUUUUAACAGAAUUUCUUCCAUUUGACCAUCGUGUGUUCGAACGCGACCAGAGCAGACAGAUCGUCGGUUCAGAUGCACAGGAGAGGAAAAACCCCUGAAAGAGGAGCGUUCAGAGACGCCGGCAUUCAGCAACAGGAGCAGAAGAGGAUCAGUCGCUCCGGAUUCGGCCGAGUAGAACCAGGAGGUCCGAACCAGAGGAGCUACAACAACCAAGCUGUGGAUUUUUAGGUUUUAUUCUUUUCUGUGUUUUUGUAGGAGAGUGACCAGUGAAACAGUUUUACUCCGUCUUCUGCCUCAGAGAAGAAAACUCCUUUCUUCUCUCCUUUUUUCUUUGUGAAACUUCAUCUGGACAAACCUGAGACAAACUGGGACCUCAGGGGGAUUUUUUUCUUUUUCCUGCUAACUUGCGUCACUCCUUUCGAUUUUUGUUUGUCAUCUCCCUCUGCCCUUUCCUGCUAAUGUUUGUUUUUUCAUGAAAGCGAGGGGAGGAGGUUUCUGAAGAGUCUGAGCCCAGACCUUGAAAAACUGCUUGUUUGGUUUUACAAGGAAACGGACCGCAGCUCGUGUCCCCUCGUUGGAAUUUGAAGGAGGGAUAAAAAGGAAAAUGGGCUCAGAAAAGGGCUCCGAGUCGCCUCACUCAUCAGUCAGCGGCGUUCCCAACCCUAAGUGCCAAGCAGCUGGGAAACGCCAGGGCCGUAUCUCCUUCCACAGCCUCUUCCACAGCAAGCGGGGCUCCCGGAGCGGACGGGCCCCCAAAGGAGGGGCAGCCGGUCCGUUAGCUCAUCAUCACCACACACAGCAGCAGCUGCCUGCCGCCUUGAGUUCAACGCCCAUCGCAGCCUCCGCUACUGCAGCCGCCGCAAACAGCAAGGACGCCGCCUGCAGCAGCCCCUUGAAGCCACUCUCCUCCAGCCAGCCGUCGCUCGCCGGCGCCGGAGAACCCAACCUCCUGGAGUGCCCGCUGUGCCUGGUGCGUCAGCCCGCCGAGCAGCUGCCCGAGCUGCUGGGCUGCAGCCACCGCUCCUGCCUCUGCUGCCUGCGCCAGUACCUGCGCAUCGAGAUCACGGAGAGCCGGGUGCAGCUCAGCUGCCCCGAGUGCGCCGAGAGGCUGGCCCCACGGCAGGUGGCCGACAUCCUGGACGACGCCGCCCUGCUGGAGAAGUACGAGGAGUUCCUGCUGCGGCGCUGCCUCGCCUCCGACCCGGACUGCAGAUGGUGCCCUGCGCCCGACUGCGGGUUUGCAGUCAUCGCCUCAGGCUGUGCCAGCUGUCCCAGGCUGGUGUGUCGGCGAGAGGGAUGCGGCGCGGAGUUCUGCUACCACUGCAAACAGGCGUGGCACCCGAACCAGACCUGCGACUCGGCCCGGCAGCAGCGGGCCCAAUCCCUGCACACCCACAGCGGACACUCGCCCAGCUACACCCAGGAACAGGGGCCUGCUGAUGACAUCAAGCCCUGCCCUCGCUGCGGCGCUUACAUCAUCAAGAUGAACGACGGCAGCUGCAACCACAUGACCUGCGCCGUGUGCGGCUGCGAGUUCUGCUGGCUCUGCAUGAAGGAGAUCUCGGACCUGCACUACCUCAGUCCGUCCGGCUGCACCUUCUGGGGGAAGAAACCCUGGAGCAGGAAGAAGAAGAUCCUGUGGCAGCUGGGAACGCUGAUCGGAGCGCCGGUCGGGAUCACGCUGAUCGCUGGCAUCGCCGUUCCCGCCAUGGUCAUCGGGAUCCCGGUUUAUGUCGGCCGAAAGAUCCACGCUCACUACGAGUUGAAGAAGGCGUCUCGCCACAGGAGGAAUCUGGCCAUCACGGGGGGCGUGGCCCUGUCGGUCAUCACCGCCCCUGUCAUCGCAGCCGUCAGCGUUGGCAUCGGCGUCCCCAUCAUGUUGGCCUACGUGUACGGCGUUGUUCCCAUCUCGCUGUGCAGAGGAGGCGGCUGCGGCGUCAGCAGAGGGAAGGGCCGCGGCGUGCGAAUCGACUUUGAUGAAGACGACGGACCAAUCACAGUGGCGGACGCGUGGCGAGCCCUGAAGUCUCCGAGUCUCGGAGAGAGCAGCCUGGACGGAGCGGUCAGCGGUCUGAGCACCACGUCCCCCAGUGAGGGCCUCUCUGUGGCCCCUGGGAAUCUGGGAGACACUCCGCACUUCAACACGCUUGCCGGCGGCGCUUUGGGGACCCGAACCAGCAAGUACAGCAGGUUGGAAGUUCAACCAGGGGAACUGGCGAAGGAAUCAGCCCAGAGAGAGACGGGAAGUCUGGGAGCAGGAAGUGACUGCGCCAGCACCCGAGGGAUGGCCGGAUCCAUCAUUUCCUCUUACACCUUACCCGACAGGGACUGCACCAACCUGGAGAUCCAGGUGGACAUCGAGACCAAACCCAGCCAUCUCUGCCUCACCAGUGAGGAGGACCUAGCUCCACAGGCAAGCUCUGCUGCCAUGGCGACUGCCUCAGGAGGGGAGGAGCCUCAGGACUGCAGCUCCAGAAGGGGCGGGGCUUUGGGACUGUCGCCAGGGACGUCAAUCAGGGAGGGGCUCAGAGACGUGACCCUGGCCCAGCCGGAGAGCAUCCGCAGCGACCUGGAGAUGUCGGACACUCAGUCGGACGACAUCGCGGAGCUGACGUCCGACGACUGCGACUCGCCUCAUCCCAAAAGCUGCCAGCAGCUGCAGCCUCCCUCCUGCAGAUCCCUGAACCCCCCCACCGACGGCCUUCACUGUCCUGCAGACAGCAAAGUCAUCCUGUACGUCUGAGAGGCACAGCUCUCAGGAUUGCACAAAAACUGACAAAACCCUGAACAUUUACCUUCAAACUUAGUUUCCUUUCCUCCUGUCGUCUCUCGUCAGCUGCUUUAAGGUCUGAAACACAGACAGGUGUUUGUUUCCUCCUGUCUGUCUUAUCGAUCUACCGGCCAGCCUCCUUUCUGAGUGAAUGGUCAGGGUUCUACCUCUGAGAUUUGUUGUUUACUCUUUGGUGCAAAAUGCCUUGGCUUCUUAAGCAAAAAAGAAAAUGAAACAAAAAAGUACAAAUUUAUAAGACAAAAUACAAAAACGAAAUGUUAAAAUGGGGUGAAAGUUACCAAGCACAGCAGAAAGAAUCAGAUUGGUGAAGAAACUGAUGCGUGUUUGAAUGGAGACUUACAGCUGUUUGCUUUUUUCUGCUUCUGCUGCUUCUGCCGUCAACAAAUGUUUUGUUUUUUUUGCAUCAUGCAUGAGUCUGCAUGAGCCAUUUCUCACCUGGAGGGUUCAAAAAGGCAGCGAGUUUCUCUUCUAGAGCUUACCUUUAGAGGAUGAAUCCGCACUUGGAUGUCGCUUUUCCUGCUGGAAAGAGGAUGAGGAGGGUAGAGGAGGAAGGAGAGAAGGAAGGAAGGAAGGAAAGAGAGAAGGAGAGAAGGAAAGGUUCACACACGCUGCAGAAACAAACCAGUGAGAGAUCUGAUGACGAUGGACCAAAACAACUCGGAGGAAAAGAAACAUUUAUACAAAUCUGAACCAAGUCUGAGUCUAAGAUGAUUUUUGUAGAAACUACAAAAAAGCCAAAAAUAUUUAACUGAUUUUAUUGUUGCUUACAACAUUUUUGUAGCAAAACUACUGAAUAGUUUUAUUUAAUUAAAACGUAUGCCUCUAUAAAUAUAUAAAAUAUUCUAGAAUUAAAUAAAUUUUUAUGUUUACUGUGUGACAAUCACAGAUUCUUCCUUUGUCUAUUCAGGCUGGACAAAGGAAACUAUUGAUUGUUCUCCUGUACAAAGGUAUCAAUAUCAGUUAUCGAUAUCAGUUAUCUGUAUCUAUCAGUUAUUGGUAUCUAUCAGUUAUUGGUAUUGAUAUCGGUUAUCUGCAUUGAUAUCAGUCAUUGUAUCAAUAUCGGUUAUCGGUAU